CCCUAGAAAACCCCCUAAAUUUCCUUUCCCCCUUGUUGUUUCCCUAAGCCUCCAUCAGAGAAGUUUGCAUCUCUUUUGAUUGGAUAAGAUGUAUCUCCAGUUCUACAUAAAUGAGAAUGGAGACAAAGUUUACACCACUAAGAAAGAAUCACCAUUGGGGUUGCCUACUCAGUCUGCUCAUCCGGCUCGUUUCUCCCCUGAUGACAAAUUCUCAAGACAGAGAGUUCUUUUGAAUAAGCGUUUUGGAUUGUUGCUUACCCAGCAGCUGGCUCCGAAAUAUUGAAAUCGUCGAAAAUGUUAUGCAUAAUGCAUGUUAUACAUCUAUCAAGAUUUAUGAUCUUUGGAUGCAUAUGAAGUUUCUAGCUCAUAGCAGAUUCUCUUUAGGAGGAGGAUGAUUUAAAACUACAAACUCUUUAUGUCUGGUUCCAAGAACAUCUUAAGUAAUGCAAGUAGUUUGAUUUUUC